AGGGGCGGGGAGCGGGCCAGCUGCGGGGGCGCCGCUCUCGCCACAGACGCGACCACCCAAGGCAAGGCCCCGCCCAACUGGGGCCCUUAGCCCCGCCUCCGGUUGCCAUGGUUACCCGACUCGCCCCCCAGAGGCUCCGAUUCUACGGGUCCUCGCUCCCGCCGCCUCUUCAGUGCAAAGGUCUCCGGGACCAGGCGAUGCCUCUUCCGGCUCAUACCCCGGGAUUUUAUGGUACCGGGGAAGGGGUAGAGGGUGAGGGAAGAGAACGUGGAAAUACGGCCUUCCGGCGCAGGGCAGUAACGUAUGGACGCCUCCAGGCGUCCCUCCCUGUAUACCAGACUAUGUGACUCAGUGUAAGUACCACGACGUGAUGACGAAACAGGCGUCAACUGGGCAGCUCUCAGGCCCUUGCCGGGAGGGGCGGUGCCAAUGCGGAUACCGGCUCCGCCUCGCCCGGGUGCGGCCCCACGCCUGUCGCUGAUUGGCUCCUUCGGACGCCACUCACUUCCGGGGACACGUGGGCGGUGCGGACGCGCGGCCGUGGCUUAGUUGGGGUCGACCUCCAGGCGUAAAGAUCGCACCGCCCCCGCUCCCGCCCCUGCCCCGGUGGGGUUUGCCCGCCAGCGUCGCCGAAUGAUCGCAUCAUCGAAAGCAGAAAAACCACCUUCGCAUCCCCCUUGGGCUCUGACGUGCCUGCCGUGACGUCAUAGCCCUGCGGAGGCGGAAGUCGAGGUCGCGGAGUCGAGGUUAAUGGGGGAUAGAUGGUAUGUUUAAUUUUGUACAAGUUUAGUUGAUGGUGCUUGUGGAGCAUCCAAAGGCAAACAUGAUAGACAGUUGGACAUGAGGUAACCAGAUCCCCGGUCUGAGCCCAAACUUCCUUGCUAAGCUCGCUGCGUUGGGAGGAUGGGGUGGGGGAGGAGGUGUAGGGCACGGAAAGAGGUGAGAUGAGCGAGCGCUUGGCCGUGGUUGUGUUUGAGGGCCUGGGGGCCUGCGUGUUUCAAGGCCGGAGCCUGGCGAUUAGGAGGCUCGCUUAGUCCUGGCGCAGAGUCGCCCUUCUCCAGACCUCUGUAAAAUGGAAACUCCCCCCACCUCCUCUCAGGACCUCAUGGAGCCCAGAGGGACCAAGAGAGGAGCUGGGAAGAUAGAGGUAGCUGACUCUCGGAACAAACUGCCCCGUCUAGCGCCCUCACUGCCCACAGACCCCGCCCUCUACUCUGGGCCUUUUCCGUUCUACCGGCGCCCUUCAGAACUGGGCUGCUUCUCCCUGGAUGCGCAACGCCAGUACCAUGGGGAUGCCCGAGCCCUGCGCUACUAUAGCCCACCCCCCACCCACGGUCCAGGCCCGGACUUUGACCUCAGAGACGGAUACCCUGAUCGAUACCAGCCCCGGGACGAGGAGGUCCGAGAAGGGCUGGACCACCUGCUACGUUGGCUCCUGGAACACCGAGGCCAGCUGGAGGGGGGUCCAGGCUGGCUGGCAGGAGCUGUAGUGACAUGGCGGGGGCACCUGACAAAAUUGCUGACAACACCAUAUGAGCGGCAGGAGGGCUGGCAGCUGGCAGCCUCCCGGUUCCAGGGGACACUGUACCUGAGUGAGGUAGAGACGCUGGCUGCUCGGGCUCAGAGGCUUGCUCGGCCACCCCUCCUCCGGGAGCUUAUGUACAUGGGAUACAAGUUUGAGCAGUACAUGUGUGCAGACAAACCUGGAGGCUCUCCAGACCCCUCUGGGGAGGUUAACACCAACGUGGCCUUCUGCUCUGUGCUACGCAGCCGCCUGGGAAGCCAUCCUCUGCUCUUCUCAGGGGAGGUAGACUGCACAGACCCCCAGGCCCCAUCUACACAGCCCCCCACCUGCUAUGUGGAGCUCAAGACCUCCAAGGAGAUGCACAGCCCUGGCCAAUGGAAGAGCUUCUACAGACACAAGCUUCUGAAAUGGUGGGCACAGUCCUUCCUCCCAGGGGUCCCGAAUGUUGUUGCUGGCUUCCGUAACCCAGAGGGUUUCGUCUGUUCCCUCAAGACCUUUCCUACCAUGCAGAUGUUUGAAUAUGUCAGGAAUGACCGUGAUGGCUGGAAUCCCUCUGUGUGCAUGAACUUCUGUGCCGCCUUCCUUAGCUUUGCCCAGAGCACAGUUGUCCAGGAUGACCCCAGGCUUGUCCACCUCUUCUCCUGGGAGCCUCGUGGCCCAGUCACUGUGUCUGUACAUCGAGAUGCACCCUAUGCCUUCCUGCCCAUGUGGUACGUGGAAGCCAUGACCCAGGACCUCCUGUCACCCCCUAAGACUCCCUCCCCCAAGUACUGAUGCUUUAGAGGGGCUGGUCCAGUCUCUAAAUAAUAAUACAUUUAUAUUUAACAAUAAAGGUAUAUUUGUAAGUCGUU